UCAAGAAAUGGGCCAUCUCGCGUAUUAUUUUUUGCCGACUAUAUUACUUUUAGCUUUAAUUAGGAAGUACCGUGAGUCGAAAUGGGGUAAAUGUACGAAUGCAGUCCAACUAAACGGAAAAACAGCGAUCGUUACCGGUGCUAACUCAGGAAUAGGUCUUGAAAUUGCUAAAGAGUUAGCUGCCAGAAAAGCACAAGUCAUUCUAGCUUGCCGAACUUUGGAUAAAGCUAAGGAAACGUGCAUCGUUAUUCAACAAAAUCAAAAUAAUGCCAGUGUUAUACCCAUGGAGUUAGACUUGAGUUGCUUGAAAUCAAUAGAACAAUUUGCUGAAGAUGUAAAAAAGAACCAUAAAGAAAUCCACAUUUUAAUUAACAAUGCUGGAGUGUCCUAUCCGAAUUCACGUAGAAUUGAAACUAUUGAUAACUUUGAGAUACAUUUUGGUGUAAACUAUUUGGGACAUUUCCACUUGACUAACCUGCUUUUAGAACCUCUUUCUAAUACCUCUGGCAAAAGCAGGGUGGUGGUCGUUGCUUCAUCAUUACAUGAAAGAGGGGAGAUUCGAUUAGAUGAUUUAAACAGCUUGCAAGUGUCUCAUAGGGCUAAUUUGUAUGCCAAUUCUAAGUUAGCCAAUGUUUACUUUGCUCAACAGUUAGCUCAAAAAACCAAGGAUAUGAAUAUAAAUGUGUAUGCUUGCUGUCCAGGUUGGGUUUAUACAGGAUUGUUUAGGCAUACAAUCAAGUGGUAUCAUUUCUUUGUUAUUACUCCAGUUGCCUUCUUUUUUAUGAGAAGUGCCAGACAGGGUGCCCAAACUCCAAUUUACUGUGCUACGGAGCCUGACCUUGAAAAUGAGACUGGUUUGUUGUAUAGGGAUUGUAAACAUUACAAUAGUAAGGCGAUUUUUUAUGACAAUAUUUCGACAAAAUUAUGGAUUGAAACUGAGAACAUGAUAAACAGAGUGCUAAACAGAUAAAUUAUUUUUUACAUUAUAUAUUUUUAAUGGUUUUUGUUAUAUUUUUAAAUUAUUAGCUGUUUUAAUAAAAUAUAUGAAUGUUA